UAUGUAGCUCGUUUAUGGAACCGAGCAGGUGAUAAAAUUUGCGGUUGAUUAAUCUAAUUAUUAAAAUAAUCCAGAAGACGUAUAAGCUGAGAAUCCAUUUGAUUGUGAAAAAGUUUCUUGUUUAGACAAAUAGUUUAUCUAGUUAAUCCAUUGUGAAUAUGAGGCCUGAAUCAGGGCAAACAAAUUUAUGAUAAAAUACAUAAUAAUAAAUGAUCCUCU